ACUGAACCGACAACGCCACCUAGGGACUUUCACCCUAAGAAUGUCAACAAUCCUGCCUCUCAACAGAGGGUUUCCCCUACUAAACACAGCCGCUGUCAUAUACUCCAAACCCCGGCUGGCCACCUUCUGGCACUACGCCCGGGUGGAGCUGGUCCCUUCGACCCCCGCUGAGAUCCACAAAGCCGUGGAGGCCUCCUCAGGCCUGGUCAGGAGCCUCCAGUCAGGACGGCUGGGACAGACCACAGUAAAGGAUGCCUUAAGGAACGGACUUGUGACCACUGAGGUGCUGAUGUGGUUCUAUAUUGGAGAGUGUAUUGGCAAAGGAGGCAUUAUUGGAUAUGAUGUCUAGAUAUUGAAGUUUUCUUUCUCCUUUUGCACUUAGAAUAAUC